GUUGCAACCACAACAACUUACUCUUUGGUUCAUUGAAGAAAACAUGGCGGCACAAUUUAGUUUUGGCGCGCCAGCACAGAGCCAAGCAAAUCCGUUUGGAGGAUUUGGCUCCUCAACAACAGGCACAUCACUUGGAACCGCCACAUCAAACACAGGUUUUGGAUCUUUCGGUCUUAAUACAGCACCAACAGCUACAGGUGGGCUUUUCGGUGGACUAAAUACUGGUUUCAAUGCAGGGGCAAAAACCACUGGGAAAAGUCUCUUUGGAACUGCCACAAGUACUUCAGGACUUCCAUUUGGAGGUUCUGGCACUAGUGGAUUCGGAACCGCUGCGUUUGGCACAAAAACAACAUCAGCAACGGGUUUCUCCUUCCCACAGCCGACAGCAGGCUUUGCAAUGCAGCAGUCACAGCAACAGCAACAACAGCAGCUGAUGCAACAACAACAGCAGGCAUUAAAUCCACUCAAUGCCAUGACAACUGCAAUAUCGAUGCCGGCGCUUUUCGGCGAUGAGAGGGAUAGUAUACUGGCAAAAUUUAAUCAAAUUCAAGCACUUUGGGGUGCUGGAAAAGGGUAUUAUGCUGCCAAUCAGCAACCGAUAGAUUUCACCAUGGACAAUCCAUUUUGUCGUUUCAAGACAAUUGGAUACAGCUGCCUUCCGAAUGCAAAGGACUCGGAAGGACUCGUUGCUCUAGACCUGAAACACAAGCUGGAAUUUGUCAAGACAAAUCAACAGCAACUUGUAGAGAGUCUGCACAAGGUACUGGGCAGCAAACCCACUCUGGUCGUUUGUGUCGAUGGUGUGAGGGAACUACCCGAAGAUAAAACUGAAGUGAUAUUUUACGUUGUGGAGCGAGCAGCUAAUGGAACGUCACGAAGGGUACCUUCAACUGAAUUAUACAUGUUCCUCUCUCAAGCUAAUUUAAAGAGUUACUUGGCAAAUCUUGGAGCUGAAAGUAUGCUGCCAAAAACGAGUCUUUCGGAAUCCCAGCUAGAAAGCUUUCUUGAAAAUCCACCAUUAGGCAUCGACCCAAUCAUUUGGGAGCAAGCAAAGAAAGAUAAUCCGUUACCUAAAAGACUCAUACCCGUGCCAUUGAUUGGAUUCUCAGAGCUUGUCAAUCGUCUCAAACACCAAGAACACGAAGCAGAACAACAUAAAAAUCGAAUAGAUCUGAUGUUUGAAGAGAUCGGUCAACUCCAAAGAGCCCAUUCAACAACUAUGGCGAAGCUUGCGGAUUACAAACGGAGGCACAUAGAGUUAGGCCACAGGGUCCUUGAGGUAAUGAUGAAUUUGCAAAUAUCAAAGCGAACUGGUUAUGCAAUUGAGCCAGAAGAGGAACAGUUAAGAAUCCAGUUUGAGUCGAUACAAGCUGAACUAAACUCUCCUAUGCACUUAAAGGGUCGAUUGCACGAGUUGAUGUCACAGAUUCGACUUCAAUCCCAUGGUGCAGUUCAGAGAACCGAGCCAAAAUACGCGAUGGAUGAAAACAUGAAGCAGGAAAUCAGACAGCAUCUCGAAAACCAGCAAAACGGAAUAUUGCAACUUAUAAACAUCGUGAAAGACGACCUUGAUGACUUGCGAACAAUGGGUCUUGAAUUGCUAGAAGGACAAGCAAGAUGAUGUAUCGAAAUCAAAGAAACGCGUGGCGAAAAUCCACUAACUAUACCGUACCCUGACAGUGUGCCGUUUAAUCGUACAGAGGGCUCUUAUUAAAUUUGAUGCUGAUUUUAACGACACAUUUCCAUGGAAUAAGAAUAUCGACAGUUGGAAGAUUUUUGUAAUCUACCAGAACGGUUAGUAGGCUGUUCUUAUUUGUGUCCUUAAAAACAUGUUAGUCGCGUACAGUAUUUAGAGACCGUUUCUUCACAUAUGGUUUGUGGAGAUUAAAAGCUUGAUAGAAUGCAAGUUAACUUAGAAGUUGUCAAAAUGUGCUGUUGAAACUUAAUUUAAUUAUUCCACUCUUAUUGGACAUAAUUAAUUGAUUUUUUGUUGCGAAAUAUUGAAAAGUGCGGUAGAAAAAUUAUGAAAAAGUCUAGUAACCCCAUUCUUAUUCUCGUCUGGAAAAAAAUAGUCAUUCUUGAAAUACUGUUAAGCAAAUUUUUAAUCAAUCUUUUGGUGGUACAAAACUUGAAAAUUGCUUUGAAAAACAUUUAGUAAACUAAAGCUUUUCGUCUGACACUCUUCAGAGUUCGUUUUCACCUUAGGACUCCAUUGGUAACAUUCUCAAUAGGCAAGCGGCACUGAUUGAUCAACCUCAACAGUCAUGUGCUCGUGUUUCUGAUUGGCCUAUUUCGAUCCACAACUGGGUAUAUAUAUUUCCUAGCGUAGAGUUUUCGGUCUAUGUUCUGACGUUUUAAACUCUGAAGAAGAGUGUCAGACGAAAAGCUUUAGUUUACUAAAUGUUUGCUUUUUUCAAAGCCAUUUUCAAAUUUUCAAUCGCUGUUUUUCUCUCCAUCGUACGUACCUCUAGAGAGGUACUGAUAAAAAGUGGCUGAGAGAUUUGUUGCAUGGCAACGUAAUGUUGGCGUUAAAUCAUUCUCAAAUAUUCCUGUGCCUGCUGCCAAGAUGCGAAUUUCAAUGAUACAAUUUUUUAAAUCGAAUCCAGAUAAGCCUGAAGUCAUUUGAUCCUUAACGAAGGUCGUUUGGUUGAAUAAAUUAAUUCAGAUCAACAUACUAAUCCUAUUCCGUGAGAAAUGUUUCCUCUCACCAGUUCCUCAGUUCUUGCUCUCUGGUCUUUGCGGCGUGAAAUUUCCUUGAUACUGCUUGUCAUUGCCCUCAGGGAUAAAUCAAUUUCCCUCAGUUUGUGAAUUAAUUUCUGCAACCAUGUUCUUUAAAAUCUUCACAUCAUCAUAGAUCUCGAAUAACCUGGGAGAUGGGAAAAGCGGGGUCGGGGAGUUAGGAAUAAAAUCACUUGGAAUAAAAAUGCAAGACACAAGGGAAAACAUCGAUUAACAAGAAGAAAUUGUACAUUAAAAUGAACUCUUAACCGGAUAAUUGAUAAAAACAGAUGUUUUUUAUCGGCCAAUUUUUAAGGUCAAUGUC